UACCGACGAGAUAAACUGCUUUAAUUAUGCAGUAACUUUUGAAUGUUUCAUGAUAGAAUGAGUCUUAUGAGCGCGAGACAGUUCAAGGUUUCAACCUAGUUUCAGUUGGGAAAAAAAGCAAAAUUGUUUAUUUUGUCUUGCCCUCUUGGGUUUAUCUUUAAAAAUACACACAAGAUUCAGGUGUAACAUCUAGUUUAGAAUAUGGCUACCGCAGGGAAGACUAUCACGUGUCGGGCCGCUGUUGCCUGGGAACCAAAGAAACCUCUUGGCAUAGAGACGGUAGAGGUCGCUCCACCUAAAGCCGGAGAAGUCAGGUUUAAAGUGGUUGCCAAUGGAGCCUGUCAUUCGGACUUGUGGAUUAUGGAGGGAAAAUGCUGGGACGAUCGGAUGCAAUGGCCGAUGAUUCUUGGGCAUGAGGGGGCCGGGAUAGUUGAAAGUGUCGGUGAAGGAGUUACCGACUUUAAGCCAGGAGAUCACGUUAUUCCGCUCUUCCAACCAAAUUGUCAGACCUGUCAAUUUUGUAAAAGAGAGGAUACGAAUCUCUGCGACACUAACAGAGACUCCCAGGCACGAGGAGAAAUGCCGGACGGAACCACGAGAUUCACGUGCAGGGGUAAACCGGUGUAUCAUUUCCUCGGCUGUAGCACAUUUAGUGAAUAUACAGUAGUGCCUGUCGCCUCAUUGUCCAAGAUUGACCCCGCAGCCCCUCUAGAUAAAGUUUGUCUGAUUGGGUGUGGAAUUUCAACCGGGUUUGGAGCGGCUGUCAACACAGCCAGGGUAGAGGAGGGGUCAGUCUGCGCUGUUUGGGGUCUAGGAGCCAUUGGUCUUGCAACAUUGAUGGGCUGCAGGGCGGCAAAGGCAAAACGUAUUAUUGCAGUUGAUAUCAACCCUAUGAAGUUCGAAGUUGCGAAGAAAUUUGGCGCUACUGAGUGUGUGAAUCCAAAAGAUUACAACAAACCUAUUGAAGAAGUUAUCAAAGAGUUAACCAAUGGAGGAUGCGAAUAUACAUUUGAAUGUGUUGGGAGCACGGCAACCAUGAAUUCGGCGUUCAACAGCUGUCGUGUCGGACCUAGCGUCGCUACUGUGGUAGGACUGGUCGCCGUUGGUGAGAAGGUCGCCGUGUCGCCACUUCCUUUCCUCUUCGGCAGAGUUUGGAAGGGCACUUUCUUUGGAGGAUGUAAAGGGAAGGAAAGUGUACCAAAGAUGGUAACAAUGUACAUGAACAAGCAACUGAUGGUGGAUGAAUUUAUCUCGCAUACAUUUACACUUGAUGGGGUCAAUGAGGCAUUUGACCUCAUGCGAGCUGGGAAAAGUAUCCGAUCUGUGGUGAAGCUUCAAUAAGAUGGACAUUGUACAUGUAUAUCAAUUCAACAUGGCACCCGGAAAUGACAUCAUUGAAAUGGAGUAAUACAUCAUAUGAUUGAUGUAGAUCUGAUAUAAGAUCAUGGCUUUUAAGCUAUAGUGCAUACACGUUAAAGUGUAUACAUAUAUAUGACAUAGUUCGCUUUAUCUAGAGGACCUAUAUUUUGCAUUUGUAUCACUAACUUGCUUAUUGUUUCAAUAGACUGCAAAUGCAGCAUCAUCAUAUACACGCAUAUUAUCUCUUAAAUAAAUGUCAGACAACAAUUUGCGAGGACUUUUGCUCUAUUAGUUGACGCCGAUUAGCAUGCAUUGUCCGUGUAAUAAAACUUUACUGUGGACAUAAUUAUAUAGAAAUAAAGCAUUAGCAAUUU